AUGGGACCUGCUCCAGGAUGUCCACGGGGACCUGCCCUGGGAUGUCCCCUGGGAUAUGAAGACCUGGGGACUUCCCCCAGGAUGCCCCCAGUGUCACAGGGACACGGGGACCUGCCCUGGGACACGGGGUGGUCACUCACAAUGGGGACAGCAGCCCCACGGAGGUUGGCACUGCCACCCUGGCCAGUGCGAUCGAGCCCCCAGUGCUCCCCCAGUGCUCUCAGAGCCAUUGCUGGGAGUGGGGCAGAGCAGAGCAGAGGGAAGUGGGCCCCGGGUCCCCUCCCUGUCCCCUUCCUGGGGACAAGUGCCGCUUUGCCAGCUGCCACAGCCCGUGGAUUCAGUCUGUCGAUGCUCCUCCAUUAUUCAGCAGCAGCCUGGCACGGGGCUGCAGAGGGCAGAGGGGACAGCGCUGUCCCCAGAGCACUGGGAGGGACACACCUGGGGACGUGGGGACACGAGUUGAAGCUCCUCACCUGGAGUCUGGGGGACCACACUGCUCGGGGUGCUCCGUGCCUCAGUUUCCCCACACUGCCCUGGACACAUCCCUAAGAGGCUCCCGAUGUCCUGUUGCCACCGGGACUGCCCGGACACUACCAGGGGACCCUCUGCGUUUUGGGGUUCCUCCCUGAGGACAUCCUGAGGGGUGUUUGGGGGGCCGUGAGGUGCAGGCAGGGGUAUCUCCCCUCCCUUGGCCCCAGGGCAGCGCUGGGAGGUCACUCUGUGCCCCAGGGCAGGGCGGGGGGUGCCAGGUCCCCCUCCCCGGGGGCCGGGAGGAUGCUCAGCCCUGUUUUGGGGGUGCUUUUGAGGGGACAGCUGGUCCCCCGUAACCUCUCCCACUUUAACUGGGACCAGUCUGGGUGCCGGUCCCUGCCGGGGGGCUGCUCCCCGCUCCGUGGCGGGACGCAGGGAUGCAGGGAUGCUGAGGAGGGAGGGCAGGAGGGAGGGACGGGGGUGGAGGAGGCGGGUCCGGCUCCCACUGCCGCAGCCCCGGCCCCCGCCCGGGCGGCGAUGCCGGAGCGCUUCGGGCUCGGGGGUGCCCGUGCUGGCCGGGGCGGGGGGCGGGGGGCGCAUGGCGUCCUCCCGCCGCCUCCUGCUCAGCACCAUGAAGCAGAUCUGCCUUUGUGCCGCCGCCUCCUUCGCGAGCCAGGACUGGACCAAGAACGACGAGAAGCUGCUGCAGGCCGUGGACUACAACGAUGCCGGGCGGGUCACGUCGCUGCUGCUCCGCAAGGGCCUGGUGCCCACCAAGCUGGACUCGGAGGGCAAAUCCGCGUUCCACCUGGCUGCCACACGGGGCAAUGUGGACUGCCUGGAAGCAAUGCUGGCCCACGGCGUGGAUGCCAUGACCAAGGACAGCUCGGGUUACACUGCCCUGCACUUGGCCUCCAAGCACGGCCACCCUCAGUGUGUCAGCAAACUGCUGCAGGCCUCCUGCCCCGUGGACGUGGCUGACGGCAGUGGCCGGACCGCGCUGCACCUGGCGGCUGCCAGCGGCUGCAUCUCCUGCUCCGAGAUCCUCUGUGACUUCAAGGCUCCCUUGAACAGCAAGGACAAGGACGGCUCCACGCCGCUGAUCCUGGCUGCCAAGAUGAACCACCCGGAGCUGUGCCGGUACCUCCUGCACCGCGGGGCCGCCGUCAACUGCCGGGACCUGCAGGGCAGGACAGCCCUGAUGCUGGCCUGCGAGAGCGGCAGCGUGGACACCGUGGAGGUGCUGGUCAGCGCCGGCGCCCGCGUGGCCGUGGUGGACGCCACCGGCCACGACGCCGCUCACUACGGGCUGGCCACGGGCAACGCCCUCAUCCAGCACCUCCUGCAGGAGGCGGCCCAGCGCCGCUCCUGGGCCAGCGAAGAGGAGUCAACUGAGCAGACGUCGCAGACAUCUUCGCCCAGUCAGUCAUCCGUCAGGGAGAAGAGCAGCACCCCGAGGAAGAGGAAGGCCCCUCUGCCUCCCCUGGGCACCCCCAGCCAGGAGGACCGGGAUGCCUACGAGGAGAUCGUGCGGCUGCGGCAGGAGAGGGCGCAGUUCCUGCAGAAGAUCCGGGGCUUGGAGCAGCAGGAGAAGCAGAGACGGGAGGUACCGGCUGCAGGGUCCUGGGGAGAUGCCACCGUGUCCCCGAGGAGCAGAGGGGACAUGGGGACAGCACUCAUCCCUCCCUGUUUUCUCCCUGGGUCCUGCCAGCGGGUGGAGCUGGAUGAGGCCUCCCUGCGCUCCAUGGAGAAGCAGAUCCGGGAGCUGGAGGAGCGGCUGGCGGCAAAGGAUGGGGAGAAGGAGAAGCUGGGCAAGGAGGUGGAGGCCCUGCGGAGCCGCCUGUCCUCCAUGGAGGUGGGUGUGGGCAGGACACAGCUGGCAGUGCCUGGGACACAGCUGGCAGGGCUCAGGGCUGGGGACAGGGGGGUCACCUCCACCCUGCACCCCCAGAAUGAGAAGGAGAACACGAGUUAUGACAUUGAGACGCUGCAGGACGAGGAAGGAGACCCACUUGAGUUCCCAGGAGCAGAGAUGCUGCUCUCCAAGAAGACGCUGAGCCCCUCGGCCGAGGAGCUGCUGGCCACACUCCAGGGGCAGGUGCAGUCCCUCACCAUGCAGAACAAGGAGCUGAAGGAGAAAAUCCAGGUGCUGGAGAACUACGAGCGGGACGAGAGCAGCCCCCCUGCCCCGGGGGACGUGGUGCCCGCCAGUCGGUACCAGGCCCUGCAGCGGGAGCUGGAGCGGCUGCGGGCGCAGGGCACGGCGCGGGCCGGAGGGGACGGGCAGCGCGCGGCCUCGGAGCCCGGCCCGGAUGGAACCGCGGGGCCGCGUCCCGAGGAGCCGGCCUGGGCCUGGGGCGAGUGCAAGGCGGCGCUGGGCGAGCUGGGGGUGCAGACAUCCCCCUCACCCUUGGGCGAGCGGGAGCAGGGCACGGAGCUGGCGGAGGCGCGGGCGGCCCUGAAGCGGGCACAGACCGAGCUGGAGGAGCGGGAGCGGCGGCUGGAGGAGCUGCAGGCGCGGCUGGAGGCGGCGGAGGCCGCGGCCUCGCCGGGAGCCUUGGUGCAGGAGGCGUCGCGGGAGAAGGAAGCACUGCUGGAGCGCUGCGGGCGCGCCGAGGCCGAGGCGCUGCGGCGGGAGCUGGCGGCGAGGCCGCGGGACGCGCCGGGAGCGGCAGAGCCGGCGCGGCAGCCGGCGGAGGCCGAGGCGCAGCUGGCAGAGCUCCGGGCCGCGCUGGCGCGCAGGGAGGACGAGCUGGGCGCGCUGCGGGAGCGGCUGCGGGAGCACGAGCAGGAGGCCCCGGCGUGGCUGCAGCGGGCGCGGGCCGAGGGCUGGGUGCCCCGGGACGAGCACGCCCGCGCCACGGCCGCGCUGCAGGAGCAGGCGCGGGCGCUGCGGGAGCGCCUGGCGCAGCUGGAGGCCGCGGCCGACGCCAAGGCCCGCGAGGCCGCGCGGCUGCAGGCCGAGCUGGCGGGCGCCGUGCCGCGGGCGCAGCACGAGGCGGCCGAGGCCGGGCUGCGGGCGGAGGCGGCGGCGCUGGCGCAGCGGCUGCAGGAGCUGGAGCGGCGGCACGAGAAGACGUGCGAGGAGGUGUUCCGCGUGCAGCGGCAGGCGCUGUUCAUGAAGAGCGAGCGGCAGGCGGCCGAGGACAGGCUGGGCGCCGCACAGAAGCAGCUGGAGCAGGCCCAGGACGAGGCGCGGCGGCUGCGGGAGCUCCACGGCCACGCCGAGGAUGCGGCACGGCUGGUCAGGGACAGAGACAGGAAGAUCACGGAGCUCUCCAAGGAGGUUUUCAGGCUGAAGGAAGCCCUGAACGCCCUCCCCGAGUCGGGGGGGCCUCCACAACCCCCACCCAACACGGCCGCGCUCCAGGCCCAGAUCCGGGCGCUGGAGGAGAAGCUGGAGGAGACAGAGACGAGGCACAGCAAGGUGGUGACACUGUACCGGAGCCACCUGCUCUACGCCGUGCAGGGCCACAUGGACGAGGACGUGCAGAGACUCCUGUGCCAGAUCCUGAGGAUGCAGCGGCUGCAGGAGCAGGACAGAUGAGCCCCAGCCAGCACGGGUGGCACGGGGAGGGGGGGACAGGUCUGUCACAGCACCCUUUGUGUCCCUUUGCUUGUCCACGCACCCAGCCUACCCCCAGCACAGCAGCAAUAAAGCUAUUUGU